GGGUUUAGUUAAUUUCUCUACCCAGCAGUUUCCAGAGCAGAAUUUAUUGGAUCCCUAGCUGGCAGCGAUAGUUUUUUUUUGGUCAUAAAAUGGUGAUAAUGUGAGCUUCCGCUUGUAUAAAACAACCAAAAUCCCAGUGGAAAUGCAUGUUUCUGCCACCCUGCCAGAGUUUCUAGAAAAUCGUCUAGGAUUUUGCCACUUUGUAGCCAUUUUCCUUGACGAUGACGAGUAUGUGGAAGAAACGACGUUUGCAGUAAAGAACACACUGAAAAUUCUCAGGGCCAAAACCACGUAUCAAGUGACUGAGCACAUCAUCAAAUUGAGCAAAGAAAGCUCCUUUGAAGCUGGACAAUUCGUGUGCGACCUGAUUCGCAAUGGAGUGAGUGCAAUAUUCGGUCCAGAAUCGCCAGAAAACAACGAAAUCAUCCAGUCAGUAGCUGCAAGCUUGCAAAUCCCGUACUUCCAGAAUAGUUGGAAUCCUCAAGAAGAAGCAGCCACAUCGGUGUUCAACUUGCGUCCGAACUCGGACGCUUUGUCCCGCGCUUUGGCCGCCCUCGUCCGGGAAAACGACUGGAAAACCUACACAGUCAUGUACGAAAACGAGGACAGUCUUUUGAGGCUCCGAGAGACACUCAAACAGAGGAAACCGAACGAUUUGUCCAUAGCCUUUAUCUGUUUAGGAUCUGGGCCGGAUUAUCGGACGGUGUUGAAACAAAUCAAAAAAACCUUAGAUACGAGGUUCAUAUUGGACUGUAAGGCUGAUCGUAUAUUAGACAUUUUCCGGCAAGCCAAAGAAGUGGGGCUCCUCAAGGAUUACCACAGCUAUAUUUUAACAGAUUUGGAUGCGCAUUCUUUAGACUGGUCAGAGUUCAAUGAAGUGGUUUCAAACAUAUCCAGCAUCCGACUUAUGGAUCAUGAGAGUGACGCUGCAAAGAAUAUAGGAAAACUUUGGAGAAUCGAUCCGAAACGCAUUAAG